AUGAUCGUUGGAUUAUUUGCACCGAUCUUCUUAGCUAUACAAUUUUUUGUAGCUAAGAAGAAUCAUGUCACCGUACUCGGAUGGAUCUGUACAUCCGUUUCGAUCGCUGUUUUCGCGGCACCUCUUAGCGCCGUGAUACAUGUAGUUCGUACGGGGAGAGUAGAGUCCAUGCCGAUAGCUCUUAUCGGCUGUCUCAUUGUCAGUGCCGGAGCUUGGCUUAUCUAUGGUUUUCUCUUGAAGAAUAUUUACAUUUAUCUCCCCAAUGUGAUUGGACUCGCAUUGGGAGCCAUUCAGCUAUCCGUAUAUGGUCACUAUUCUCGUACUGGUCGGCGGCAGCCAGAUAUUGAAGUUGUCGAGGAUGUCGAGGAGAUCGUGGGGAUUGCACCAGAAUCAGAUGUUGAGGUUGAAUUAGUGGAGCAACAUGGUCGUCUGGUAGAGGUGGCAGGAGGAGCAUCAGCUUUGGCCACUGCAGUCGUUGAUGAUGAUGCUGCCACUGCAGCUGUUGAUGAUGAUGCUGCCACUGCACCCGUUGAUGAUGAUGCUGUUGAUGAUGAUGAGAUUAAGGAUGCAUGGCUUGACAAUGUUGAGAUUGAUCCUAGAUUUGCUGGAUUAAGCACUGCAGCAACAAAAGAUGAAGAGGAGGCCCAAGAACUUUCUUCUAAAGAUGUGGCAAUCAUGAAGAGGCGCAUUGCAAAUGUUCUUGAACCAGAGGAAACAGUCUUGCAAUGUUUGAGAAGGUUAAAAGGGAGUGGUGAUAGAAAGACAAAAAUGUCUGGUGAGACUAAGAUCGUAUUUGACCAACUAACUGAGGAUGCUAUGAAACUUAUGGAGAAUGGUGAAUAUGAUGUUUAUAAUGAAAAGAAAGAUGUUUUCGAGCGAGAAGCGGAAGGAUAUGAGGAAUUAGCCAGGGCAAGAGGAGAAGGAACAUCUUCACCUUUGGCCGGUGCAGAUGAUUUUGAUAUGUUUGCUGAUGAUGAUUCUGCCGCUAAACCAUCUACAAAUGAAAAUAAUGCAGUUAGUGAACCGUCAUCAGAUGCCAUUAAUUCUGGUACAGAAGGUGGAGCUUUGCAAAGUGAUUAUGUGUAUGAUGAAUCUUCUGGGUAUUAUUACAGCAGCAGUCUGGGCUAUUACUAUGAUCCAAAUACAGGGCUUUAUUGCUCUGCGGAAUCAGGGAAAUGGUACUCAUAUAAUGAGGAGGCUGGCACCUACGACGAAGUUCCCGAGGUUUCAACCAAUUCGAGUUGAGGGGCUUGUUUAAGGGGAGGAUAGACAAUUUAUAGCAUAUCCACAAUCAUUGUCUUCCAAUGGCAAUUUACAAAAAGAAACAUCAUUUAUCUUUCUGCACAUAUACUUUGUUGUGGGAAACUUGUUGAUGUGCUAAGCCAACUGUUUUUCUUCUGCCUUUAUCGUUUAAGGUUGCUGAUGUGUAGUAGCUUAAAAAUUCACCAAAGCUGAUCCCAAAAAAGCAUACUCUCUUGACCUGCGAGUCCCAUAGCAUAUUCUUGUGUCUUGUAGUGGAAGCCUCCUUGUGAUGGCGCCGGAUCCGACGUGAAAACCCCAUGAUUUGCGAAAACAAACAUAGAGGUAGUCAGUUUACCCUACAAAGUGCAAAUAUAUUUAUGCUCAUGCAAUUAUUGGA